AUGUACAAACAUGAGUGUAUUGAAACAGACACAUCAUAUUAGCUAUCCUACCAAUAUAUAACUCGUAAAUUUACAUACAUACCAAUAACCUGAUUGAUUCGAGAUGGCGUUGAAUUGGGGACCGGUGUUAAUGUCGGUGGUUCUGUUCAUCGUAUUGACGCCCGGAGUAUUGUUUCAGCUUCCGGGGAAGACCAAAGUGGUUGAGUUUGGCGGUUUUCAGACAAGCGGCGCAGCCAUUGUCAUUCACACUCUCAUCUUCUUUGCAUGCAUCACAGUCUCCCUCAUCGCUCUUAAUAUCCAUAUCUACGCUGCCUAAUUAAUUUAACAUUUCUCUGCAGCUCAUGGCCUCAUCGCUAGCUGCAUUUUAUUUCCUGUCUUUUUGUUAUUAUUUUUGAUCAGCUUUGAUUUAGGCUGGAUUCCUACUUAAGUACUUGUACUGGAAUUACAACGAAUCCCCUUUCUAUU